AUGUCUGAAUUCAUGGAGCAACAGAACCAAGCCUCUCAGGGGAUGUUCCCUACGGACGGUGGGGGCUACCAUCCUGCUGGCGAGUUGCAUGUCAACACUGCCCGGGCUUUGGACCCUCACACCUCCAUCGAAGAUUACAGCCGGGUGAUGCUACAGUACACCCAGAACCGGAUGUCUGGGUUCGCUCGUCUGGACGAUGACAAAAGGUUGCCCGCCAGUCGAAGCAGCAGAAGCAGCGACACUGGAAAUGAAAGCGGUGAUUCUGCUAGCGGCAUGUUGGCUCGUCAGGCUAAUGGCCGCGGUUCUACCGCUCGCUCUAGCAGCGCCUCCCUCAGCAACAGCCCCUACGGCAACGGAGAGAUAUCCAAGCCUAUCAAGGACAACUCCAAGCCGUCGUUCUAA